UCUGAAAGGGCGCAAAAUAAGUUCCGAUGGCUAAUUCUCCGAAGAUAAGCUCGUGUCCACACUGCAAACUGUGACAAACAUCAUCAACCGAACAAUCAUCUAGAUUGUCGCUGUCUGCGGGCUUUUUUUUGGCUUGGCACAUCUAUGAACAACCGAAUAUCCACUGCAUGUGCUUAAGAUAGCCACAACUGCUUUUCAGCACUUCACUGAGGCAUGUCCUCGCUUUCAAGCAGGAAUUCGCCGCGCUUUAGCCCGCCACAGUCAGCGCAGCCAUACAGGUCCAUCUUCGGAGGCCCUAGCAGUCAGGAUGUUGCCGAUCUGGUACCCUACCCAGAGACUCCGUUUGGCGGGGUCGAUGGCCAAGCAGACCUCGAUAUGGCAAUGGAAGAGGACCCGUUGAUUGAAAACGGUCUCUCUGAUGCCACCUACGUCGAGAGCGAUGUCGAAUCCGCCUCAGAUGGAAGCAGCUAUGCAUCUCGCCAUCAGUCACCCGAAAAGAAUCUUCCGGAAACUACGGAAGAUUUCCAACGUGAAUCAGAGAGUCCAUCGGAGCCUUCGUACCGUCCUAAUAGGUUUCGGGGACCUGAAUCUACGUGGAGAAAUCUGACUGCCGAAGAGAGACAGAAUGCCCAAGCUCUGGAAGAUAUCCGAGCUCGGGAUCUGGCGGCGCAUCUGUACAACGCUUAUGCGCUCCGGGUUCGGGCUCGGGAGAUAGCGAAACGGGCAACAGAGACAAAUGAACAACUUCUCGAUGAGAUGGAGGCUUUUGCUCCCCCAAAGCGCUGGGCCGCGUGGCCUCUUCCGUCAGCGGAAGUACCGAGACCGGGUGAGGAAAUUCGGAGGAGUGCUGACGAUGCUUGGACACUGAGGAUGCAGCCCGAUCCUCGGCCAAGUGCGGAGUUGGAGGAGAAUCUUAUGGCGAUUAUGCUUCGAACAGCAAAAGAGAGGUUCCUGGCCCGGGACUGGGAAUAUAAAGCGAGGCCGUACACUCCACUACGAAUCAAAAGGUCAACGUCUCAGGCUGAGACGCAGGAGGAGAGUACCGGCUGGGAGAGCGAGCGUGAUGGAAUGGAUGAAGUUCCACUACGCCCUGCUGUCCAGACAGAUGAUGACAAGUCACGUCGGCAACUACGCCCGCUGACUCGGAAUAUAUUGUCUCAACUCGAUGAUCUUCUCAUGGGCCUUCAUCGUGCCCGUAAGGGCGGAGUAGCAGCAGAUGAUAGCUCCGCGAGCGACUGGCAAACUGACACCGAGAGCAUAAUCUCAGGCGCCUCGUCUCCCAGGAAGAGGAAAAUCGCCCUCCAGCGAGAGAGGAGUCAGUCCCGAGGAAGAAAACGCACCCGGCGGUCGUCCUGGAAAAGCGGUUCGAGCGAUACUCGUUCUCGUAGUACGCAUAUAUCAAGCGAACCUGAAUCAAGCGCAUUUGCCUCCUCCCAAGCAGAUUCACGUUACGAAUCACAGUCACAGCACUCUUCCCGCUCACGGGGGCGCUCAAUCGGCAGCGAUCGCCGACGAUCCGGGAGUCGUGUUCGCCUUGGGAUACGGGACUGGAGCGAGGUGUUGGGGGUCGCCGCCAUAAUAGGCUUGCCACCAGCUGUGGUGAUGCGAACCUCACAAAGAUGCGCGAGUCUAUUUGGCGAAGACAUGGCUUUCCAGGUUCUCAAGGAAGGGAAGGUCACCCAAGAGGUACAAGAGGAGGAUGCAAAGGUAUGGAAAUACGCAGAAAGCGAGUCGGAGUCUGAGCCUGAGCCCAAAUCCGAGCAUGAGCCCGAACUUGAGAUUGAGGCUGAAGUCUCACAACCCUCUCGACCGGCGAGUAGACGGUCACGCUCUCGUGCUGCGUCCACGAAGGGAUCUACAUCGCGAGCCAACAGCACAGCGCCCGAGGACGUCGGUGAUGGAUCUCGUCCAAAAGGCAAAGGAGAGCAUCGCAAGAAAGAUCUGGUAUGCCCUCUUCGGUCUUGUUCUCGACACAGCAAGGGCUUCUCGCGGACCUGGAAUCUCAAUCUGCAUAUGAAGCGCAUGCACCCGAAUUAUCGUUCCAAAAGCUCUGAUGGUCGAUCUUCGACUGGCACACACGGCGAAGGUGAUGUUUACGAUGAGUGAUGUCUUAUAGACUAAUAUACUCGGGUCAAUUGCCC